AUGAUAGAGCACUUGAGGGCUUUGAUUCUUGGACAGAAAUUCCCCAUGUGUGUCAAAAAAGGCAUGAAAAUCGCUGAUGCGACCAUCACUACAGCUCCACUGAAGUCAUUCAAAUACACCAUUGACAUAAAAAUCAAUGCUUCAAGAGAUGCUGUGAUAGAGCGCUUGAGGGCUUUGAUUCUUGGACAGAAAUUCCCCAUGUGUGUCAAAAAAGGCAUGAAAAUCUCUAGUGCAGCUAUCACUACAAUUUGUCUUUCAAAUUCAAACAAAACCCAGUGCAAGUGUGAGAAUCAAUAUGUUUGGUCCACUAAACAAUGCUCUAAACAUGGCAUUUGUGGCCCUGAUCAAAAUGAUACCUGUAGAUGCAACGCUUCUCUUCCAACUGAUGGGACGUUUUGCUCCCGACCACAUGCUCCACUGAAGUCGUUCAAAUACAGCAUUAACAUAAAAAUCAAUGCUUCAAGACACACUAUGAUAGAGCACUUGAGGGCUUUGAUUCUUGGACAGAAAUUCCCCAUGUGUGUCAAAAAAGGCAUGAAAAUCUCUGAUGCGACCAUCACUACAGUGUGUCUCUCAAAUGCGAACAAAACCCAGUGCAAGUGUGAGAAUCAGUAUGUUUGGUCCUCUAAACAAUGCUCUAAACAUGGCAUUUGUGGCCCCAUUCAAAAUGAUACCUGCAGAUGCAUCGCUUCUCUUCCAAACGACGGGACAUUCUGCAGACGAACACCUUGUAAGGAAAAAUCUCUUUAUUUCCAAACUAAGGUGACAGUUGAUGUGAUUGUAAAGUCUGAUGCAGGUUUCGACCAGUGA